GGAAAGUGAAGUAAAGGAAAGGAAAGAAUCAAAGAUGUUCUCCAUGUGCACAAAGGUGAAGUCGGAGAGCGUGGAGCCGGACUGCUCGUUCAUGCAGCAUCCCCAGCAGAUGCAGCUGCAACAGCCUCAGGCGAUGGGAACUGGCGGGAAACAGAUCAAGGGCGGCUAUCUACUGCGCUACAAAAAGCAAAUGUUCUGGAAUCGCUGGUCCGAGGAGUGGGUCGUUCUCUACGAUGACUCAACCAUGGCCUGGUUCACGGAGCCGGGACGUACCUCGCCCUCGGGCAAGAUCCUAGUGAAAGAAGCGCCCGAGAUGCUGGCCAUUGCGCACUGGACAGGACAGAUACCGCGUCGACCGCCACUGCCAGAUGGUGUCAACGUGUCCCAGUUGAUUGCCCUGGGAUCGCAGCGGAAACGGUCCAAGGUCUACUGGAUGCUGGCCAAGUCCGAGCAGGAGGUGAGCGACUGGAUAGAUGCGAUUACAAAGACCCUGCCGCCGCCGCCACAAAUCGAGCUGGUGGUGGACAAGCCGCACCUGAUGAACGUGCUGCGCCGUCCAUUGGUGCGCAUUAGACCUGCCACCCAAUCGGAGGUGAAGCAUCGCAAGGCCGCGGCCCAUAGCAGCAGCAGCAGCAAGCACCAUCGGUGCACCUCGUCGGCGAUGACCACCAGGCUGUACAAACAGAUCCAGAAUCCACUGGUCAAGAGUGACGCGGCCGUCGCCAUUCUCAGCAAGAAGCCGGACUCGAAGGCCUCGCUGGCCUGCGCCCUGCCCUGGGGCCAUGGCUGGGGCUGGGCCACGCUGCCAAACGGCGUCUGGAGCGGCGGCCUGACAUGGUCGCAGUGCGAGGACACCUUCACUCUGCACGCCUUGCCCACCACCCACUGCACCAAUCUCAUCGACACCUCAUGCAGCGGCGCCGUCUACCACACCGACAUUGGUGGCUUUGACUUCCACUCCGGCGGAGUGGACGACAUUGGCGGCGAGGACUUUGACUAUGCCAUGGACUGUGGCGAUUUCAUAUUUUAAACUUCCCACACGCGACCCAAAAUCACACCCUACCCUCCACACAUACUCGUAUAUU